AUGUCAACCACUGUUCCCGAACAAAUCGAGGGAUUUACUAUUGCCUCGAGUAAGAAAUGGAGUGAUUUCUCCAAGACUAAGUUUCCAGCUAAGACUUUCGAAGCGCAUGAUGUUGAUAUCGUUAAUGAGUGCUGCGGAGUCUGCGGUUCCGAUGUUCACACCAUCACUGGUGGAUGGGGAGAUCUAGCAACAACUCCUCUCUGUGUUGGCCACGAGAUCAUAGGCAAAGUCCUUCGAGUUGGCUCCAAAGUAACAUUGGUCAAGCCCGGCGAUCGCGUGGGAGUAGGUGCCCAAGUACAAUCCUGCAUGCGGUGUCCACAAUGCAAGAGUGAUAACGAGAAUUACUGUCCCGACAUGGUUGAUACCUAUAUGGCACCUUACAAGGAGGACGAAGGCCACAGUGAUAAACCCAUGAAAGACAGCAAAGGAAAUCAAAUCUUCUCACAAGGAGGUUAUUCCAGUCAUUCGAGAGUUCAUGAACAAUUCGUUUUCAAGGUUCCAGAUGGACUUGCUUCUAAUGAUGCAGCACCAAUGAUGUGUGCCGGUCUUACCACAUACUCACCUCUUGUCCGUGCUGGCACUGGACCAGGCAAGAAAGUGGCAAUUCUUGGUAUUGGUGGACUGGGUCACUUUGGUCUUCUCUGGGCCAAGGCCUUGGGUGCUGAAGUCUGGGCAUUAUCCCACAGCCCUGACAAGAAAGAAACGGCUGUCAAAUUGGGAGCUGAUCAUUUCGUUUCCACUCAAGAGAAGGAUUGGGCCAAACCACUCGCUUUCACCUUUAACUUCAUCCUCAAUUGUGCAGACAUGACGAAUGAAUUCGACCUCGCAUCCUACAUGUCUACCCUCGCCGUCAAUGGAGAAUUUCAUAAUGUCGGUCUUCCAGAUAAGCCACUUCCUCAAUUAAUGGCUCAAGAUUUCGUCAGCAAUGGUUGCAAGAUCGGUGCAUCACAUAUCGGAUCUCGUAAAGAGGCUCAAGCUAUGUUGCAAUUGGCGGCGGAUAAGAAGAUUAAGCCUAUGAUUGAGACGAUUGAUAUUAGUGAAGAGGGGUGUAAGAAGGCGGUGGAGAAGGUUAAGAUUAAUGAUGUUAGAUAUCGGGUUACGUUGACGGGGUUUGAAAAGGCUUUUGGUACGAAGAUUGAUUAUAAGAAUUAG